GCUCCCGCUGGGUGGAGGGUGGGCCUUUCUCCGCGGUUCUCCUGUCAGUCAUUGGCUCCCUGCGGUUUCCUUGGGGACGUGGCGCCGCCGCCUGCCUAGGUUUCUUUCUGGCUGGGCUAAAGGCCUCGGGGAACCGCUCUGGACCGAGCGGAACGGUGCCAGGGGAAACUGCGGGCCUCUCGACCCGCUGCAGACUUAGGAGAUGCCUGAAACAAGGAGACCAAUUUCUCAGGGCAAAAAGAAAAGGAGGUGACAGGCACUGAGACCACUGAAGGGAUCCCAUGGCUAGGAUCAGUUUUUCCUACCUCUGCCCAGCCUCCUGGUACUUCACUGUGCCCACAGUGAACCCAUUUCCCCGUCAGAGGGUGGCAUUCCUAGGACUCUUCUUCAUAUCCUGCCUCCUUUUACUUAUGUUAAUCAUGGACUUUCGACAUUGGGGUGCUUCACUGCCACGUGAUAGGCAAUAUGAAAGGUACUUGGCUCGAGUAGGGGAGCUUGAAGCAACCAACACUGAAGACCCAACUCUAAAUUAUGGACUUGUUGUGGAUUGUGGCAGCAGUGGCUCCCGGAUUUUUGUUUAUUUCUGGCCAAGACAUAAUGGCAACCCCCAUGAUUUGCUGGACAUCAAACAGAUGAGAGACCGCAAUAGCCAACCAGUGGUUAAAAAAAUCAAGCCAGGAAUCUCUGCAAUGGCGGACACUCCAGAACAUGCCAGUGAUUACCUUCGUCCUCUGCUGAGCUUUGCUGCUGCUCAUGUGCCUGUGAAGAAGCACAAGGAGACCCCCCUUUACAUCCUGUGCACAGCAGGCAUGAGGCUUCUCCCUGAGAGAAAGCAGCUGGCUAUCUUGGCUGAUCUGGUGAGAGAUUUACCGCUGGAGUUUGACUUCCUCUUUUCACAGUCUCAGGCAGAAGUGAUCUCUGGGAAGCAGGAAGGAGUUUAUGCGUGGAUUGGAAUCAACUUUGUUUUGGGAAGAUUCGACCAUGAGGAUGAAUCAGAUGCUGAGGCUCCCCAGGAAUUGGCAACAGGGCGCAGAAGGACAGUAGGCAUACUGGAUAUGGGAGGAGCCUCUCUCCAAAUUGCAUAUGAAGUUCCUACCUCAGCCUCUGUCCUCCCUCGAAAACAGGAAGAAGAAGCAAAGAUCCUGCUAGCGGAAUUCAACCUGGGCUGUGAUGUGCAACACACUGAACAUGUGUAUAGGGUGUAUGUCACAACCUUCCUGGGGUUUGGGGGCAACUUUGCCCGACAGCGCUACGAGGACCUUGUGCUGAAUGAAACGCUUACCAAAAAUAGGUUGCUGGGCCAGAAGACAGGUCUGAGUCCAGACAAUCCAUUUCUGGAUCCCUGCCUGCCCGUGGGACUCACGGAUGUGUUGGAGAGGAACAGCCAGGUGCUGCAUAUCCGAGGAAGAGGAGACUGGGCUUCUUGUGGAGCAAUGCUGAGCCCGCUGCUGGCUCGCUCCAAUUCCAGUCAGGCCUCGCUGAACGGCAUCUACCAAUCACCAAUUGACUUCAACAACAGCGAGUUCUAUGGUUUCUCCGAAUUUUUUUAUUGUACAGAGGAUGUGUUACGCAUCGGUGGCCGUUAUCAUGGGCCGACAUUUGCCAAGGCUGCUCAGGAUUACUGUGGCAUGGCUUGGUCAGUCCUAACUCAGAGAUUCAAGAAUGGCCUCUUUUCAUCACAUGCAGAUGAGCAUCGACUCAAAUAUCAGUGUUUUAAAUCAGCUUGGAUGUACCAAGUCCUUCAUGAAGGAUUCCACUUUCCCUAUGACUACCCACACCUGCAGACAGCUCAGCUGGUCUAUGACCGCGAAGUUCAGUGGACACUGGGAGCCAUUCUGUAUAAAACACGAUUCUUACCCCUCAGGGAUCUACGGCAAGAAGGUGUCCGGCAGGCCCAUGGUAGCUGGUUCCGUCUCUCCUUUGUCUACAACCACUAUCUCUUCUUCGCCUGCAUCCUGGUGGUGCUACUGGCCAUCAUCCUAUACCUUCUGCGGCUACGCCGGAUUCACCAUCGACAAACUAGAAUCUCAGCUCCAUUGGACUUGCUGUGGAUCGAGGAGGUGGUGCCCAUGAUUGGGGUACAGGUAGGGCCGUGAGGCCGGCAAAAGACUUGGAAAGCUCAAGUACCCCAGGGUUGCUGCCCGUUGACUUCCAUAACUUUCUUGUACUGGCCUCAGAUGCUGCUUUGCCUGACCUUGGAAUAUUUGGCCUUGGAAUUUCUACCUUAAUAUCUACUUUAAUUCCUUCUCAGUAUCCAGGUCCUCUUCUCUAAGAGAAGCUGAUUUAGUCUGUGAAGAACUAAAUAAUGAGAGUUUGGUGCUAACAAAGAGGACCAACCCUAGUCCAACUGAAGCAUGCUUCUACUCCUUUAUCUGAGAGGUCUAGUAUGUUCCUGGCAUCUAGACUUUUCUCCUCUUGCUAAAGCAUGAAGUUUGGCAUUUGGCAAACUGGAAGCCUGGUUGAAACCAAAUUUGAAGCAUCUGAUACAAAGCUGAAGACAUUCCAGCAAGUGCAGCAGCCCCUUCUUUCUCUGUAACAGAGAUAUCAUUUAUGUGGAGAUCCACACCCUUUCAUAGGGAUUCAAGAUAUUUGCAUUUCGGUGGAACAGAUAUGAACUUCCAGGCAACCAAAAUAACAUAGUUUCUUUGUUUACUUGACAAAGAAGCCAUCAUGAGUGUGGUCCAAGAUCCCUGAUGUAGUGUUGCUGAUGUUAAUCAUUAUGUGAUUUUAAAAGGUUAGAACCCCUUCUAAAUAAUGGUCAAUCAAAGACUUUGACAGUAUCUUAUGUGAUACCUGGUGUGACCAGGAUAAAAAAUGUUUCUGUGACUAUAUGCCUCACUGGCUGUUUGGGCAUUAAUUUUUCUUCUUGAGCCUUAAGUAUGCUUGAUGGAGAGACUGACAGGGUUAGAGAUCUGGAUUUGUCUGGUUUUAAGUCACUGUCUCUAGGCCUAUUUUUAUGAGCCCAUUUGCAGAAAAACUCAAAAAGAGUUCUUUUAUUUCACUACAAUCAAUAUGUCGUUUGGGAAGAGAGGUGUGUUUGGGUUGUUUUUAAAGAAGGAAAGAACAAUAGUAUCAGGAGAAUGGGCAAAGGCAAUAAAACUGAAGCUCUUAUUUAUUCAUGUUUUUCUAAGAAGUAGAUAUUUUCCCAGUUUGACCCUUGAAUGUCUGAACAAAAGCAAAUUCUAAACUUCAAAAAACAUAGGUAAAUCUGUUAAUAAGUCACCUGGCAUCUUUCAGAACAGCUGUUAAGAGAUUGCUCAGUCACAGACCGCAUUUCCAUUAAUGAGGAGAGAAGAAAAGCAUGUGAUUACAUUUUAAUCCACUACCCUCAUGCUCCUCCUCUACAUGUGGCCUUUAAAUUGUGUGAGGAUUUCCUUUUCAUCAACUUGCACCUUCCCCCAUGGGAUCUUCUUCAUAUUUCAUCCUUCCCUGUAUGCAGCCCUGAAUGUCCUGCCCAAGAAUAUAUUGCUCCCAGACUUGAAGUGGCUUUCUUUUCUGUCACUUUAUUUUUAGCAUUAGAUGAUAGAGGGAAUGAUCUCUGCCUUUAAUGAGGAAAAAGUUGGAAAUAUUAAAACAUAAAUUUCCAUACUGGGAGCAGGGAGGAAUUAAAUGCCAUAUAAAACAGAAAAAUAAAUCAAGAUCCUCCUAGAAAUAAACCGAGAUGAAAAUAAGUAUGCUGACUCAGUUGGUAGGUGAAGAGAUGAUGAGUCUUAAAUUGUUUUCAAAUUAGGUAAAAAUGGAUCUAGCAGAGAGUCUUAUAGUAUCCUCUGGAAAUAUUUUUUACUUUUCAUUAGGGCUUAUGUCACAGAAAUUUCCUUUAAUGCUUAAGACUUCUGAAUUGUCCUGAUCUUUGACUUCGUAUCUUUGUGUCACUGCGAGUGAGCCCUCGCCUUGUGACUGCUGCUUAUAAAAAAUGUCCGAAUAUGUUUUUUGCUAGCCAGUGCCUACUCAGGUACUCUCUCUUCUUCCCUCAUCUUGGUUUCCAAACACUGUCUUUUGGUUUUCUUGUGAGAUCUGAUCAAUAAUCUGGUCAAAAGCUACCUAAUUGGCCAAUAGUUAUCACAUUUGUGUGCUCAAAAUGAAGCUGAAGCAGAGAGGAGGUGGUGAUGAGUUCAGUUUGAGAGCUCUUACUAAUGAAGUUAUUCUUCCUCCUGGUUAUAACAUUUGUUAAGCAUUUACUAGGUAUCAUACACUCUUAAGAAUUUAUGUCUAUUAUUUAAUCAUUAUGACAGCCUUUCAGGUUGAUACUACUUUUUGUAUUCUUUUUAUAAUUGAGAAACUCAGGAUACCCUGUGCUUAUCAUUUUUUCAAUGUAAAUGUAUUUCUUAUUCUUAAUUUAUUUUAAAUAGUUUUUGAGUUUUUGUCUAGUGUACUAUAUCCUGUUUAUUAUUUUGAUCUUGUGGCAUCUAGGUUUGUGCUUGUUACCAUGAGUAUGACUUCCCAGAGACCCAUGGCAGAAAAAAUGUAAGAAGGGAAAUUUUUAUCAUAUGCCUCAGAAAAACUGAUAUUUGCUAUUGA